AAAAAUCAAAAUUUCCAGUCCUCAAUCCCUAAAGUGAAAUCUCCCUUCUUUACACCGCCGGAAAAAAAAAAGCACGAAAGUGAGAUCCAGAGAUUAAAGAGGUGUUGGAGAAGUGGUGUGAUUGGUCAAUCCAAACUCACAUUAUCCCCUCCCCAGUCUGAUCCGAGGCUGGCUUCCAACCACCACCAUCUCUUCUUCUCCUCAUUGUCAAUCUUUGGUCUUAGCCCAAAGGAGUAACGGGCGCUUAUCGCCAUGAGGGCCACCGCCUACCAACCUCUCAUCACCGCUCCGGCCAACCUGAGGCACGGGAGGAGGCCGGCGUCCUCUCGAUGGCUCCCCUCGGUAUCCCCCAGGAGGAGGGCCGCGGUCGUCAGAGCGGCCGUCGCCGUGGAGGAGGAGGCUAAGACCAAGGUCUCCCUCGUCAGGAUUGGCACCAGAGGGAGUCCACUAGCACUUGCGCAAGCAUAUGAGACACGGGACAAACUCAUGGCAGCUCAUUCUGAGCUAGCUGAUGAUGGAGCUAUCAAGAUAAUAAUUAUUAAGACUACAGGUGACAAAAUACUCAGUCAACCACUAGCAGAUAUAGGUGGCAAAGGUCUUUUCACGAAAGAGAUAGAUGAGGCCCUCUUGGAGGGCAAAAUUGACAUUGCAGUUCACUCGAUGAAGGAUGUUCCUACAUAUUUUCCCGAUGGAAUGAUCUUACCAUGCAACCUUCCCAGAGAAGAUGUAAGGGAUGCAUUUAUUUGUUUGACUGCAAAUUCUCUUUCAGAGCUUCCAGCUGGAAGCAUUGUUGGAAGUGCUUCCCUUAGGAGACAGUCUCAAAUACUCUAUAGAUAUCCAUCACUCAAAGUGGUUAACUUCAGAGGCAAUGUUCAGACACGGUUAAAGAAAUUAAAUGAAGGGGAGGUCCAAGCAACCAUGUUGGCACUGGCAGGGCUCAAGCGGCUGCAUAUGACUGAGAAUGUCACAGCUCUACUAUCAGUCGAAGAAAUGCUUCCUGCUAUUGCUCAAGGUGCUAUUGGAAUUGCUUGCAGAAGCAAUGAUGAGAAAAUGGCUAAUUAUAUAGCUUCGCUGAAUCAUGAAGAAACCAGAUUAGCUGUGGCGUGUGAAAGGGCAUUUCUUGAAACCCUAGAUGGGUCCUGCCGCACUCCAAUUGCUGGAUACGCUUACCGCGAUAAGGAUGGAUAUUGUGUGUUCAGAGGUUUGGUGGCAUCCCCCGAUGGAACUCGAGUAUUGGAGGCGUCAAGAAAGGGAUCAUAUGCUCUCGAGGAGAUGGUGUCAAUGGGUAAAGAUGCUGGAAAGGAAUUGCUUUCAAGGGCAGGCCCAGGUUUCCUUGAUUGGUAAUCGUGUAUCAAAGUGCCUGAUGAAAAAAGAACAGAGACUCUAGCAGAAGAAGAAGAAGAAGAAGAAGAAGAAGAAAACAGAGACCAAGAGCUUCAGCAUUGCCUUCCAUUUUUUAUUUUUUAUUUUAUUUUUUCCCAGGCGUGAACCAUUAGAUGUUCACCAAAUUGAGUUGUAACAUGAUAAAUGUAUUAAUGUCUUGUACAACGUUUCUAGCAUUUGAUUAACCCAUGCUACAUUCAGCUGAAAUGAAAAUUCCAUUUUUGUUUCCUCUGUAA